AUGAUCCUGCUCGGUGCUGAAAACGAAAUUAUCCGGCAUGUGCUGACGUCCAAGUUUUCUGUGCCUGGUGCAGUGGACCAGAUGUUUACUGAUUUUGAUGGUGUGGCGUACCAUAUCGAGUCGAGCAGAGAAGGUCCGCUGACCCUGUCGAUGGACAUCCGGUGCUGGCCAGAGUUGGUGCAGUACGGCGCACGCGAAAACUUGCGCCAGAUGUACGGCGGCUGGAUCCGUGAAACAACUGAGUCUGACUUCCAAAUCACCCUGUCUUUUGACUAUGCGUCCGUGCCGCCGGCCGGCCCUGAUCGUGAUGCCCUGAUCCAUGCCGUCUCCAUGAUCAAGCGCCAUGCGAUGGCUGCGCCUUUUGAGCGCGCCUUCCAUGAGCAAUCCGAGCUGGAGCAAAAGCAUGAGCCGGGUGCAGCACCGUUGGCCGGUCAGCUGCUGGCUCUGCACUACCGCGCUGAUGAAGCCAUGUAUAUUCUGCCAGCGCACGACCGGGUCACGGUCGUGAUUAGCACACGCUUCGAGGAGGAAACAGACCGCAUCUUUGGCAAGGUAUUCUUGCAAGAAUUUGUCGAUGCACGGCGUCAGCCGUCGAUCCAGAAUGCGCCCCAGGUGCUGUAUUCGAAUCGCGAUCCGCCCCUGGAGGUCCGUGGCGCCGUCCAGGCAAGUAGCUCUGACAACACGGGUUACGUCACCUUUGUGCUGUUCCCGCGCCACUUCCAGCACCCUGAUGUGCGCUCUACGACUAUCACGCAUAUUCAACUGUUCCGCGACUAUUUGCACUACCAUAUCAAGUGCUCCAAGGCCUAUAUGCACAGCCGUAUGCGCUCGCGCGUGACCGAGUUUAUCAAGGUGCUCAAUCGCGCCAAGCCUGAGCUCGCUGAAAAAGAACGCAAGACAGCCAGUGGCCGUACGUUCCGCCGUGCAUAG